AUGAACGGUCUCAUUCUCUUUGCUCUCUGUUCGUUCCCUUGCGCCUUUGCUGUUACCUCUCUCACUUUCAGUCCUCCCGCUAAAGAUCCGUUCUCGACUUCGACCAACUAUACCGGCCCGUCGAAUGGAUCACUUCCUGUCCAGAGCGUGACGAAGGGCAAGGUUUUCGAUCGCUUCAUUCAAAUAUGGCUAGAGAACACAGACUUCGCCGUAGCCAACUCGACGGCCGAAUUCAGGUCCUUGGCUCAGCGUGGCAUCCUCCUCGAUCAGUACUUCGCGUUGACCCAUCCAUCCCAACCUAACUAUAUGGCGACGAUUGGCGGUAGCUUCUGGGGCGCGGCGGAUGAUGACAGGCAUGAUAUACCCUCCAACAUUGGGACUAUGAUCGAUCUGCUAGAGCUGGGCGGGGUGUCCUGGGCGGCAUAUCAAGAGAACAUGCCGUCUGACGGCUUUACCGGGAUGAAUUUCGCCUCUCAAAACUAUCUCAGCCCAGGAGCUGCGCCUUUUGAGUUCUACAUGCGCAAACACAACCCGCCCAUCCUAUACGACUCCGUCAUCAACGUACCCUCACGCGCCGCGCGCGUUCGCAACUUCAACGACUUCGCUGAAGAUAUCGGAGCGUCGGCUCUACCUCAAUGGAUGUUCGUUACACCCAACAUGGCGAACGAUGCACAUGACACUACUAUCGACUUUACCGCCUCAUGGCUCGAGUACUGGCUUGAGCCCUUGCUUCUGGACUCGCGCUUCAACGAUGACAGGACGCUCAUCCUGCUGACGUUCGACGAGAACGAGAGCCAUAAUCUGAACAACAAUGUAUUCGCUGUACUACUUGGCGGCGCAGUACCAUCGAACUUGCAUGGGACUGCCGAUCAUACUUACUACACCCACUACUCCGCGAUGAGCACCGUUCAAGCAAACUGGGCUCUUGGUUCUCUCGGUCGCGGCGAUACUGACCCUAUCAUGUCCAACGUUUACUCGCUGGUUGCAAAGGCGACGGGCCACGCCAAUAACGACAUCUCCGGCUCGCAGAUUCCCAUCACUGAAUCUAGCGGACAGACACCAGGACCUCUCAACCCAAGCCCUAAGCUACAAACACCAUUCCCGGCACCAAAUACUUCCGCUGUCGGAGCUGGUGGAGGACCAGUGUUCGUUGGAUAA